AUGGUCCACGCCGUCAAUACGACCAUGCCGUCAACGACUGUCGCCUCAUCAGAGUCUCGCCCCCGCAAGGGCAUCUUCCCAGAGAUCCCGGUGUCGUCAACUUCACAUCCUGACAAUCCAAUCCCCGAGGAGCCGCGUGGUGUGCGGUCACUUUCCGUCACUGACACCACCUUCAAUGGCUCAUCCACUUCUCGAGAAACCGACUCGGUCGGCUCUAACUCCUCCGACUCCCCAAUUACUCCGCCGAGUGACACACGGUCCGAAGAAGACCUCACUUACAAGCCUAAUGGCCGCCAGCGCCGGGCUUCGACCAUUCUGAUCUCCCAAAACGCCGAGGACAUGCGACGGGUCUUGGAGAACGUGGGCACAAGCGGUACACAAAAAAUCCAGUCCAUGUGUUGCGGGGGAGGAUGUUGCCGCGGUCGACCCUUGCAGCUACUGGACGGGCCCAUCUCCGGUUUCAAUUCGAUCACAGCACCUGAGAACAAAGCUUUCGCCAGUCUGGAGUUGAACUUAGACCUACUCACGUUGGACAGCCCUCUCUCCAACAUUGCCCCGCUGCCAGAGAAGACUGUUUCGUUCAAGCCGGCCCCUGCAUCCGCUACCGAUAUUCCUCUUGGCCCCGCGGAUCACCCGCCGCAAUUUGUACAACCACAUCCCCCUUACGAGGUGUAUCGAGCUCCGCUCCAUCAUGCCCGGGAGUUGACCAAGGGUGGUGCGGAGAAGCGUACAUAUCACUUCGACAUUGAUGUUACCGAUUACCCCGCCGAGAGUGGGAUGGUGGAUUUCGUCGUCGGUGGGGCCAUUGGCGUCUGCCCCAAGAACAAGGAUGAGGAGGUGGAGGACAUUCUCAAUCUGCUGGGUAUUCCCAGGUCAAUGCGCGAUAGAAAGGUGUGCAUGUGGACGACCAAUGGUCGCUGGCCGACUAUCUGGGGCGACGAAAAGCCCCGCGAGCUGAUCACUACCCGGCGCGAGGUUCUUAGCUGGUGCUCGGAUAUUCAAAGCUAUCCACCAACUAAACCUCUCUUUCGCCUCCUGGCCGAGUACACGACCGAGCAGAACGAGAAGAAGAUUCUCGAGUAUCUGUCCUCGGCCCAGGGCCAAGGCGCAUUCUGCGAUCUUCGCACCACCUCACACAUCAGCUUGUCCCAGCUCCUACACGCUUUCCCCUCCUCUCGACCUCCUCUCGAUCAUCUCCUCUCGGUACUGAAUACUCUUAUGCCACGCUUUUAUUCUCUCUCCCAGGACCCCAUGAUUUCGUGCCACUUCAAGGGCACCGAGUGCCGCCGCUUGAUUGAGGUUGCCGUCACCGUCGCUGAAUCCCAAGAUUGGCGCGGCGGCAACCGCACCGGAGUGAGCUCCGGCUAUCUAGAGCGACUUGCGCAGCGCGCAAUCCAGGCGGAAGCCGCUGGUGAGAAACAUGACCUCUACAUCCCCAUGUUCCGCGGUUUGAUGGCGAAUCCUCUGGCGAAGCGCUUCGCCUCGGAUGGGCCUAUGCUUCUGAUCGGAGCCGGGGUCGGCAUUGCCCCAUUCCGCGGGUUCGUCCAGCGCCGGCUGCAGUCGGCCAACUGUGCCAACAAAGUCUGGGUACUUCAGGGUGUGCGUGACUCCCUACUUGAUGAGUUGUACAGUGGUGAAUGGGGUGUGCACGAGGACAAAGUUCGCACUGUGGUGCAAAGUCGCCGUGGCGAGAGCCGUUAUGUCCAGGAGGAAGUGCGCCAUCAGGCAGAUUUGGUCUGGUACGUAAUCAAUGCGCUGGAUGGUCGUGUGUUUGUCUGCGGCAGUGGCAAGGGCAUGGGCGAAGGGGUAGAGGCCGCUCUUGUCGAGGUUGCCAUGGCGAAGGGCAACUUGAAUGCUAAGGAGGCAGAGCUGUUUUGGCAGCGCAAGAAAGAGGCGGGUCAAUAUAUUGCGGAAACUUGGUAA